AUGGAGUACAGCACCACUCAGCCUACUGGCCAGACCAAGGCCAUGACCAACUGGAAAGAUGAGGUGAAGUGGGACUUGGACGAUAUGAUAAGUCUCCGACAGGCCCUGCAGCACUGGGUCGCAAUGGGCGUGACAGCCUCCAUCAUCGGCGAGUACCUCGUCGGCAUCCUCUUCAACCGCGACUACCACCUCGACAACCGCAUCACCUGGAUGGCUCGAGCCAACUUCCCCUUUGUCACCAUCGGGCUCGACAUCCUUCAGUUCCUGCAGAUUUGCGGGGAGGCGGGCUCUCCAUUCUGGAUCCCCGGCCAAGUCAUCCUGGGCGACGUCCUUGCCUGUCCUAAUGGACCCGCUACCUACUCGGGCCCUGCAUAUGAGAUGGUCACCGUUCAUGCAGGAGGUUUCGAUGGCUCUGCCUCUAUCACCGAGGCAUCCAAAGUCCCUUCCAACUCAACCGCUGCAGAUGAGAUUGUCACGCCUCCUACAGUCGGCGCCGAAGAACCUGAGCCCGUCUUCCUCACCGCAGCCGUUUAUGUCCCUCCUAAGGAGGACACGCCCCGUGAAGCCGUCGCCCCCAAUGACUCCGAGCCUAUCUUCCUCACCUCGGCAGUCUAUGUUCCUCCUAAGGAGGACAAGCCUCUCACACCUGUCCCGGCCCCGAAGCCCGUUCGCCCCUUCGAAAAGCCGACCUUCCUGGCUGAGUCUGACGCCCACUAUCGGACCAAGGAGCUGCCCUUCCGAACUGAGGCUGGGAUCAAGGCUUAUGUGGAGGAAUUGAACAACCCAAAGCCAACAAUUGCAGAGCGACGGGCCCUGAAGAGACAGCAGGCCGCAAUGUGGCGUGUCUCUCCUGAGGAUACGGUUUAG